GCUCGAGGAGAUUUAGUAAUGUGUCAGAAAGUACGCACCUGCUAUUCAUCUCUUUCCUGGCAGGCAUUGCCAGGCAAUAACACAUUUUGUCAGUCUUUGGCCAUUGGUGAACUCAUAGGAUGGUGCCCUUUUGUCAUGGAAGCUUCAUGCCACUGGGUGGAUUCCCACGCAGAUCAAAGUCGUAUAUAUUUGCUCUCAUUUCAAUCUUCAUUAUGAUUCAGUUAGUUGAACUGUGGUUUGGGUUAACUGCAUCAUUUGGCUUAGGAGUGUCUCCCUCAUACCCCCUGUUUACCUUCUCCUCCUUGCUUUCUUCUUCCCCCUUGGCAUCAUCAUCAUCGUCAUCAUCGCCAUCAUCAUCAUCAUCAUCAUCAUCAUCAUCUUCAGCAGCAGCAUUAGAAGCAGCCGCAUCCUCAUCCUCGUUCUCAUCAUCCCCAUUGCGAGCACUUCAGACGACUGUUGAUGGCCACAAGUGCAAACCUUUCUAUGCAGGCCUGGUACAUCCUGAUCUCCAAAUGCAGGACAGAUAUGCGGAGAGUUUGGGUAGCGCCUUUACUGGCUUGAUGUACCUGAAAGAAGACCCUGGCACAGGCUACUACAUCCAUCGAUGGGUUCAUCGAGAUCGACAGAAGAAACAACAGGAGAGCAGAGGAGGUAUUUCACAACUGGGCAAGAUGAACCAUACCUAUGUGAUGCAGUCUGCUGCUGCUGCGGAGGGUGCGAAGGCAGACGAGCCGCUGCCCCUUGUUGUAAUGCUGACUAUAAACCGCCCCUUCUGUGCUGUGAGAACUGGAACUGACGUCUUUCAGAGGACUCUACGAAAUCGGGUAACCUACAUUGCUCAUCAUCCAAAUAUGGAUAUGCUGUACACAAUGGGGCAGACGGAAGCACAUAUGUUUUUCGCCAAGUGGGAUCUCGUCUCCCAGUCGAUGAAGAGGUACCGGGAGUACGAGUGGUUCAUGUGGAUGGACGCAGAUGCAUUUAUUAUGCAGCUACAUUUCCCCCUUCCUUGGCCUCGCUAUCAAGCUGAUAAGGAUGUUGACCUUGUUUUGUGGGGCAACGACAGGAUGGUGUAUCAGAAUGCUUCGUUUCGUGGAAUCAAUUCUGGUAUCUUUAUGCUCAGGGAGUCCGACUGGUCAAGAAAGCUGAUGAGCGCAUUGAUGGCAGCGCAGAGAAGGUGGAGAGAUUGGGACAUGCAGAUGAGGGAGGAGAUGGAUGAUGCCAUCUCUGACAUUAUAGUGUUUACAGACCAGGAGGCAUUGUUGCAUCUGCUACGGACAAACGAGAAACAAUGGCGGAGAAAAGUUCAGUUUGAGAACUCUUUCUACUUCAAUGCUUACUGGGAAAACGUGGUUCCCAGGUGGCAGAAGUGGGCGAACACCACUGGUGCAAAUCGGUCUUCCUCUGAUGAAGGACCAUCGUUCACCGUUCAUUUUGCUGGUUGCCAGUUCUGUCGUGGCUGGGAGCGCUACAAAUUGAGCGCUUGCAUGGAGGCCUUCCAAUCUGUUGAUCGGAUUCUGGCCCACAUGCAGUCGUCUGAGGCUACUGCAGCCAAUAGGUAGAGCAUGAUUCCAAUUAAAAAUCUGCAACGGGAUACGGGCAACUCUUUAAC